CAUGGCGCUGUACUGCACAGAGGAGCGUGGCCAACCCCACUCCAGCGAUUACCGCGUCUUCUUCAAGAAUAUGGCUGGUCACUACAUUUCUCCAUUCCAUGAUAUUCCUCUCACUGUGGACUCCAAAGAGGAAAAUGGCAUUCCUACAAAGAAAGCACGAAAUGAUGACUAUGAGAAUAUAUUUAAUAUGGUGGUAGAAGUACCUCGUUGGACAAAUGCUAAAAUGGAGAUUGCCAUUGAGGAGCCAUUGAAUCCCAUUAAACAGGAUGUAAAGAAUGGCAAGCUGCGCUAUGUGGCAAACAUCUUCCCUCACAAGGGCUAUAUAUGGAAUUACGGGGCCCUCCCUCAGACUUGGGAAGAUCCUCAUCAAAUAGAUCAAAGCACAGACUGCUGUGGAGAUAAUGAUCCUAUUGAUGUUUGUGAAAUAGGCUCAAAGGUUUUUUCUCGUGGAGAUGUUAUCCAUGUGAAGAUCCUUGGAGUUUUGGCUCUUAUUGAUGAAGGAGAAACGGAUUGGAAGUUAAUUGCUAUUAAUGUAAAUGAUCCCGAAGCUUCAAAGAUUCAUGAUCUUGAUGAUGUCAGGAAGUACAAGCCAGGUUACUUGGAAGCUACACUUAAUUGGUUUAGAGUUUAUAAAGUGCCUGAAGGAAAACCAGAAAACAAGUUUGCUUUUAAUGGAGAAUUCAAAAAUAAGGCUUUUGCCCUUGAAGUUAUAAAAUCUACUCAUGAACAUUGGAAAGCAUUGCUUAUGAAGAAAUGUGAUGGAGGAACUAUAAAUUGCACAAAUGUGCAGGUAUGUGAUAGUCCUUUCCAUUGCACUGAAGAGGAAGCAAGAUCAUUGGUUGACUCGGUAUCCACGUCACUGAAUCAAGACAGAAAUGAAGAAGGAAAUGAAGAACUUCCAAAGCUGCAUCUUUAUUUUCUUAACAUGAGACAUUCUCUGUGGAAGGCAGAGAGCUGUGGAUCUUCUGAUGAGACAGAACCUGAUGAGUCAGCCCCACCAGCCAGGGCUGCUGGCCCCCUGGGGUCUGUAUCUUACCUGCAGCCAGCAGUUUUACAAAUGGUUACUGAAGGAAUUCUCCAUGGGUGCUUUACCCUCACCUACAGCCCAUGUGGAAAUCCUACUGGACUAAAAGAAGCUGAAGCAAGGAAGUGGGUAUCUACCAAACUAGUCAAAACUAUGAUAUAA